UUUGAAGCUGAGGUCACAAAGCGAAAACGAGGUUAACGAUGAUCAACCUUACAGAACAGUUUCUAUGGAAGUGCCUUUGGGAGGUAAACAACGAUUCUCUUUUCAGUUUUAACAAUCGACACGGCUUAGAUGCAGCUAAAAAAUUCUGGGAUGAUGGCAGAACGAUUUUCGGAUGUAAAGAAGAAGAAACCAUCUCUUGGCAGAGAGUGUGCCGCGUUUGGAUGCAGCAAUACUUUUUACAACUCGGACGGAGUAUCAACUGGCAUCCAUUUCUUCAAGUUCCCCCAGAAAAACCCGGAAAAGCGUUUGUGGUGUAACUUGAUAAAGAGAAUUGAUGGCAUGGAUGAUUUUCGUGUAACCGACGCUACUUGUCUUUGUGAAGAACACUUCAAAGAUGAAGAUAUCAAACGGAAUCCCAGUCGUUGGAGACUAAAUCAUGAUGCCGUCCCGUCUCGUAAUCUUUACGCUCAACCUGCCCAGCGUCCUGCACGUAAAGUUCCUUUUGAUCGCACAUCGACUUCUUUCACUUUUCCUUGCGAAUUUCUACCCAGCACUGAUAUUUUGGAAGAUUCUUCAAACAAUGAGGCAAAUGAUCAUUCUGCUGUGUUGCCUGAACGUGACUAUGCUCGAGGUGUUGUUGAUGAUGAACAAUUCCUCAGUCUCUUGUCCGACCAUACAAGCCUCAAGCAAAAAGUUAGUGAAUUGCAAGCCCAGGUACAAUCUUUAACCCACCUUACAACAGAGUUAAAGAAAAAGUUCUUUUCUUUAGAGAAGCUGCAAAGUGAUGAUUCUGCAGUUAAAUUUUAUACUGGCUUCCCAGAUUAUUCGUGUCUGGUUGCUGUUUUUGACUAUUUGCACCCUAAGCUUGAGCGUAUGUCAUACUGGCGUGGUUCAAAGUCAAGUGAAUCCACCCAAGAGUCCAACGCAAAUGUUUCAAGACCAGGCCGCAAAAGAAAACUCUUUUUUUUAGAGGAAUUCGUUUUUGUUUUGAUGAGAUUGAAAGUUGGCUUGUUUCUUGCAGAUCUUGCUGAUAGAUUUUGUAUUUCUAAAGGACAUGCUUCAAAAAUAUUUACAACAUGGAUAAAUUUUCUUGCCAAAGAGCUUCCCUUGCUAUUUCCAUUCCCAUCAAAACAAAAAACACAGCAAUUAAUGCCUAGGGAAUUUGGAAUGUACCCUUCAACAAAGAUUAUACUGGACUGCACAGAAAUCUUUACAGAGGUUCCUUCUUCCAUGGUAGCACAGUCACAGACAUGGUCUGAGUACAAGCACCAUAAUACCUGGAAAAGUCUUAUUGGUGUAUCUCCUAAUGGGGCUAUCAUAUUUGUCUCGAAGCUCUGGUCUGGGAAAGUUUCGGACAGAGAGAUAACUCUGAAAUCUGGAGUACUUUCUCUCUUGGAACCUGGAGAUAACAUAAUGGCUGACAGAGGAUUUAACAUUUUUGAUAUCUUGCCAUGUGGAGUUUCUUUGAACAUUCCCCCUUUCAAAGGUUCACGUAGCCAACUAACUCCACAAGAAGCUGAAGAAACAGCAAAUAUCGCAGCUGUUCGAAUACAUGUUGAAAGAGCCAUUGGAAGAGUUAAGAACUACCACAUUCUGGAUGGAGUAUUACCCCUCAGUUUAUAUCCUGUUGCCAACCAGAUUUUUACUGUUUGCUGCUACCUUACCAACUUCUUGCCUUUCUUAGUAAAGCCAGCAAAUAAUGAAGAUUAAUAAACACAUUUCUGUAUUAUUUUGUAUGAAACUUUUUUUAACAAGCUAUAUAGUAUAUAAACCAAUAUUUGUAUGGGGUCAGAAUUCUUUUAAAACUUAUUGGUAGAUAGCAUAAGUAAUACGUUUUUAAUAAUACUGAAUAUUUUUAAGGUCCAAAUAUCAUGUAAAAGAUCCUUAAAUUUACCUUAUUAUAAUAACAAACCACAGGUCAACAAAAAAUGCCACUAGUGAUCAUGCUUAUAUAGAUAUAUGGAUCUGAGUUUGAUCUUAAUGCCAUUGUGAGGUAACUGCAUGUACAGCUCUUGAUAUGUAUGGUAACUGCAGACAAAUGUGUCACAAUUAAGUCUUUAAUGGGGCUUACCCAACUAAUUUUGUGUAAUGUUUAUAAUACCAAAUGGGGGAGAGUGGAAAUAGCAAACAAUACUCUACAAACACAAGACAUCUAAGCUAAUCCCAUUAUGUAGAUAUAGAAGAGGAGAGUGUAUAAUAUUGAUACAAAAUAUGCUUACUUGUUUCUUCAAUUGUUUCAUGUACAAGGGGAGGGAAGCACUUUCAAAUUGGCCAAACUAUGUUAACAGAAUUUCGAUUAAAAAUGUUUACACUACUAAUAUUAUUCUAAGAUGUACAAUAAAAGAUGAUAUGAUAAAUGGAAAAGGAAAAUGAGUUCAUGUCUUAUCAAUUUAGAGUCAUUCUUUAGCAUCAUAAUUUUCCCAGCCACCCUGCAAGUACAACUUUAAGCCACGUUUUACACGCUUUGUAAAGUAUUCAGGCAAGAUUGCACGACAAUAGAAAAAUUUCAGUUUUGGCAAGACAGAUCUCUCCAUAAAGCUGUCAUCAUAUGGCACAGACUGGAUAAAUAGGGGCUCAUUGCUGCCAAACCAGACAACCAAAUCAAUUCUCUUUUUAAGCCAGUGCAAUACAUCUGGCCCUGAAUCUGGUAGAAGUAAGGGUGACUUCUUUUCAAUGAAAUAACUUUUCCUUUCUUUAAAAAGAAUUUCUUAUCCUCCAAAGCUGAGGAAAGAGAAGACUUUGAAUAUGGACACUUGAUUUCCAAGCCCCACUUCUCUCCAUUAAAAUGAACCAGUCCAUCAAGGGAAGCACCAAGAAAUGAAAACUUGCUUGAAAUUUUCAAUCCAGUCUCCUCAACACAAAUGCCUUGAAAUCCUUUCUCAGACAUUGUUUGCAAAUAUAAGGACCUUGCAAAGCUCUCUGACUUUUUGCCAUGCUCUAAGGCAGGAGAAGAAAAAGAGGAAUAGAAGAAAGUCUGCAACUUUGAACUUGGCUCAACAGAGUUGACAGAAGCAGAAUAAAACCUUGAAGCAGUUAUUCUGUACAUUCUCUGCUCAAUCCAGUUUUGGCUUAAAGAUUGGCCAAUGGUCAUCCUUUCUAUUGUUAGGAUUUCUUCUUCGCUCAAUAAAGAGUUGUUUUCGCAAUAUAUAUCCAUCAUCUCCUUAAAGUUUUGGCAAGAAAUGUCAUAAAAGUCAUUAAAUGGUUUUGAAUCUUGAGCAUUGGAUUGCACAUCGAACAAUUGUUUUAAUUGAACAUUGGACUUCCCAAAGGGUGAAUCUAAGGAAGGGACCACUUCAUGGUAUAUCAUUUCUUCAUCAACAGUGAGUUCUGUAGGAGCAUCAUGAAAUGAAAAGAAACAGCUGUUGGGAUUACAUGCUGCAAGUUUCAACUUCAAAUCUUCAAGACUCCUUGCAUCAACUUCUUUGUCACUAGCUGAACGAGGAUCAUAUUCCUUGCAUCAGGGAAUACUGUUUUUAUCAUUUUUUUUACCAAAUCUGAUUUUGGCAAUAAUCAUUUCAUCAAUUGGCAAAGGAACCACCUUUGUUGAUGAAGGGACAUUCCAUGCUGACAAUGUUGAUGUACAAGAUACAGGCUCUGGGCAUUCUUGGUAACCUUUUCUGUUAAAGUCCUCCAAUGCAAAAAGAACACCUCCAACAUGGUUACAUUUACCAAAACCUCCCAAUCCAACACCAGCUGGGCAAGUACAGGCUGCACAAGAAACGUCUCCAGUUGAGUUAUCAAGAACAACAAGCACUUUGUAAAGGGUGUUUUUCAUUGAUGCCUUCAUCCGAAUGUCAAAAUAAGUGCAAUCAUUAUCUUUAGCAACUGAAAACUUUUUAAUGAAUCCUUCGUAAAAGAAUUGAAAAGAUUUUAGCUUCUUGUAAGCAGUACUUUUUAACACAAUGUGGUUGUACUUGAAGGUUUUAACAACAAGAUAUUCAUACAACUGAAUAAAAGAAAAUGGCGGCGUAUUUCUUAAGUCGGAAACCCAAGGUAAAUGUCCACAUCUUGAACGGAAAAUUUCCUCAUAUGUCAAGGCACUUUUUUCUGUUUCAGAAGAGGGAGUCGUCGGAACACUUGCCGAGGAAUUCUUUGAAUCGGCUUGAAGAGCACGGCAUAAGAUAGCGUAUGUGCGAAGAACUAGAUCGGCCUUCGUUCCUGAUACCUUUUCUCUGUAUGAUAACAAAAUCCGCUUUAAUUCCUUAACUGUCAAGGAAGCCAGAUCUUCCAAGGUGCUUACUGACUUACCAUCGGGAAUCAAUUUAGAAAAUUGAUCCAUCGCAAAUAUAUACGUUUAAAACAAAAAUUUUAGGCAACUUCGAAGCACUUCUUGUUGACUCAACUGAGAAGUGCGAAGAGAGAUCAUCGUUAUCCUCGCUUUCGAUGUCAUGCCUCGAGUUCAUUAGGGAUUGUGAA